CAAAUUUAUUUCUUCUUGAUCAAUUUUAUUAGAUUGUAAAUCCCAAGUUCGUAAUUCGUUUGUGUAACAAUUUGAGGCAUAUUGUGUUUAUUUUUCUAAUCUUUCAUGAAGAUAAAGAAAAAGUUUUUCGUGUCCCGUUCUAAUGUAAUUUUUAACAAUUUUACUAUGUAAUAAAGUUAGAAGAUAUUAGUGGUGAUCAGUGAAUAGUUAUUAUGAAAUCAACCAUGAACAAAUACGCUGCGAAUGAUGUGAUGUACACAUUGGCUUCAAACGCCUCCAACGGCACCGACGAUGAGGGCUGCAUGCUGGUGAAUGCGUCCCAAAGUGUAAUCAUAACAGGGGCGUACAACGGAAUACCACAGACUUUGAUACUGAACGUGAUAUCAUGGACUCUGUUAUUGUUUCUGUUCACCGUGCUACGUCGCACCGCAUGGAACUACGGGCGCAUGGCGCUCGUCCAGAGGUCCAAAAGCAGGUGGACAAAUCUGUUCUACCGCAGUCGCGACGGCGACGCUCUGGUGGAGAGGAGGCGAAGCGCCGAUGAAUCACUGAGCAUAGACGAGGGAUUCUUCACUUGGGUACCGGCAGUGUUCAAACUCUCACGAGAACAGGUACUCGCAAAAUGCGGCCCUGAUGCUGUACACUACCUAUCCUUCCAAAGGCACGCAAUUACUUUAAUGUUCAUUGUUACGGUCGUAUCGAUUGGAGUUAUCCUUCCGAUAAACUUCCAAGGAACUAACCUGCAAGUUGAUGCCAGUACCUUUAGUAGAACGACCAUGUCUAAUCUGUUUGGCAGAUCUUCCUGGUUGUGGGUUCAUACUCUGUUCAGUAUUGCCUUUCUGCCAGUCUCCGUGUUGAUUAUGAGGAGGUGUACAGGAAGAAAACCAGUCCCGACAUCUAUGACCGGUACCAUUAUGAUCACCAAUAUAUCACGAGCAGACCGAAAUGAGGCAACCAUAAGAGCCUACUUCGCUCACAAUUUUCCACACAUCCAGAUCGUAGAUUUACGACUUGCCUACAAUGUCAACAAGUUAAUUGAAAUUCAAGAGAAGAAGGACAUGGUGACAGAGGCACUUAUUUAUACUGACACAUACUUUAAGAAGACGGGCAAACGGAUUAUGGUCCGGCCCAACUGGUGUGGAGCUGAGGUUGAUGGACUAGAAUUCUACACAAACGAAGAGAGAAGACUGAAGGAUGAAGCCAAGAGGUGUCGUCCAAUGGUAUUGAAUGAUCCACUCGGGAUCGCCUUUUUAACAUUACCAUCAUAUCAACUAGCUGAACAUGUAAUUAAGAAUUUUAGCCUCCACCGUGGUUGGGUGCUGUCGCAUGCCACCAACCCUUCUGAUAUCAUUUGGGAAAAUUUAAGUGUACAACCAGGUGUUUGGUAUAUUAAGGCUAUAGCUGUUAACCUUGCACUGUUCAUUGUACUGUUCUUUUUAACAACGCCUGCUUUCGUUGUGAACAUAAUCAACACUACCUUUGUGAAACCUGACAGUCUUAGCAAGAUUAGUAGUGUAAUAUUUGAAUUCCUUCCUACCCUAUUGCUCUGGACCAUGGCAGCCGUUAUGCCUGCGAUUGUCGCAUUCUCCGACAAAUUUCUGUCGCAUUGGACCAAGUCGCAACAAAACUAUUCGAUUAUGACGAAAACCGUUUCCUUCCUGUUAUUGAUGACCCUCAUAUUGCCGUCUUUGGGCCUGGCCAGUGCCGACGCAUUACUCAGGUGGACGCUGCAUCACGAGAAUGAUACGAUGCGAUGGGACUGCGUAUUUCUACCCGAUAAGGGGGCAUUCUUUGUGAACUACGUUAUAACUUCCGGGUUUAUCGGUACCGCGUUAGAACUGAUCCGCUUCCCCGAGCUAUUCCUCUAUGUCUGGUACCUACUUCAAUCGAAGUCGAAGGCCGAGAAGAGUUACGUGAAAAAGGCGAUCCUAUAUGAGUUUCCCUUCGGAGUACAUUAUGCAUGGAGUAUCGCAAUUUUCUCGAUCACGAUAGUGUACAGUCUCGCCUGUCCCCUCAUCGCGCCUUUCGGUCUCAUCUACUUCUUGCUGAAGCACGUAGGGGACAAGCACAACCUGUAUUUCGCGUACGGCCCGUGCGAUAUGAGCGGGGUUGGGGGCGGUCGAAUUCACUCAACGGCGGUUCGGCUAAUCAGAUUAUCUGUGCUACUUUUGUUGAUCAAUAUGGCUGCAUGGGCGGGGCUCAGGGCCGGGUUCGAGGCCAGGACGAUAAUUCUGAUAAUGGCGUCCAUAUUGGCGUUCGGAACGUUCCUUCUGCUGAGUCCGUUCCCCAGCUGCACCCCGCCUGCUCCGCUUCAGGAGGAAUCGAGUGUGCGGUACACGGAGUACGUGGCGCCUGUUCUGACCAAGCCCAUAGACAGUCCACCGGCGUCAUCCCCCUCCACGCCCGACUACGGUGCCUCCUCGUCAGUCAUAGCUAGCGGAGUUAACUUAUCGUAUAAUCCAGACCCGAUAAAUAUUUAAAACAUUAAAGACCAUUUUCCGAAUAAAUUAUGUUAUAGGUAAAGCUUAUCUUCUCUAUCGGACAAACAUCGAUAUCGCAUACGUGACGCAUUGUAAAUAUAAAUAUAUUUUUAUACAAUAAUCAAUAGCACUCUCUAAAAUUAUAAUAAUUGAUCAACCUUAUUAAUUAAAAUAUAUAGGUAGGAAAACGACAACCGAUAAUCGUGGCUGUAAAUAGCACCUAAAUGUUAAAUCAUUUAUACCAAUAACUUUAUAAUUUAUAUUAACAACUGCAUAAUAGUAAGCACAGUAUUGUUAAAAUUGAUUUUGGCCGUUUUGCUUUUCAUUUCAUUGUAGAAAAACAAUUGGACUAGCGUAAAUUUAAGAUAAGGAGCACUAUGCAUAAUCACAAUUUUACGUAGACAAAGCUGCUAUUUGCUAACAUCGCCUAUUACGUCAUCAUUAGUCAUUUUCCAUACCGAUGACCAUAAUAUUAUCACAUCUAUUCUAAAUGUAGCUUCUGACCUUGCGUUAAUUGAGUGAAAGGUUACUUACAGUCCACAACGGCCAAUGAUUGGAAAGUCGUUUAGGGUGUUCAGUUUCAAACUGCCGCACUCAGAGUAGAACAUUAAUUAUUAUUUAAUACCUCGA